GGUCCGGGAGUCAAGUGAGUCGCGUAUAAGCUCUCAGGCCCCAAGCUGAAAUGGGCGAUUUACACGGCUAGUAACGUUUCUUAGUUAAGUAUCAGGCAGUGUUUGACGUCGGUCAGUGUAGUGAGUGAUCAGUGGGGAGGCCCUUGCUUGAGAGUGGCGCUAGGAUUCUCCUUUUACAGCAUGGCACAGCCAUGGGGACAAGGUGUAAUGUCGUGAGGAAGCGGUGCCCAGCAAUGGCUAACUGUGCCCGUGGCUACCCGGCACCUUCCUGCCCAACCAGCAGCACAUUUGCGCCGACGUCACAUCCCCUACACGCACACCACGCUAAUGCCGGAUGAGGGCGGUGGGCUUGAUAGCGGGCGGCAGUAAGGGGGCUGCUGCUGCUGCUGCAGGAGUAGGAGAAGGAGGAGGAGGAGGAGGAGGAGGCGGGGGAGGAGGAGGAGGAAGAAGAAGAAGAAGAAGAAGACGAGGAGGAGAAAGUGCCGCGGGUUGGAUCGCAGAAGUAGUAGUCCGAGUAGUAGAAGUAGCAGCGAGGAGGAGGCGGAAACGCGGGCGUGUGGGCUGCUGGCGGCGGGCGUGUCAGGAUGAGCCCCGAGGAGAGUCGAAAGGAGCGGGAGGCAAGGUCACUGGCCCUGGAGAGAGCCUACGUCCACGACGUCUACGAUCAAAUCUCUGCCCACUUCUCCAGCGGCCGCUACAGGGCAUGGCCCCGCGUCAGGCAGUUCCUCACCGACCUCGAACCCGGCUCGUUCGUGGCCGACGUUGGUUGCGGCAAUGGGAAAUAUUUGCACAUCAAUCAUCAGGUGGUCAAAGUGGGAGUCGACAGGUGUUUCAAUCUCACAGCAGCUGCAAGGGAACGUGAUCAUGAAGUCAUGGUCAGCGACAACCUGGCGCUGCCGUUCCGAGACGAGACCUUCGAUGCCGCCCUUAGCAUCGCUGUCAUCCACCACUUCGCCACCACCGAGCGGCGCGUGAGAGCCCUGAGGGAGCUAGCGAGAAUCCUCAGAAUCGGGGGCCGCCUUAUGAUCAGCGUGUGGGCCAUGGAACAGAGGCACAGAAAGUUUGAGUCGCAAGAUGUGUUGGUACCAUGGCAUCGUCCCGAGCAGUCUUCCAGUGAUGACAAGACGUCGAGCGUCGAGCGAGACUUGAACUCCACUACCACGGAUGAUGAUGAUGUCCUGCACUAUCAUGCUCACAAUCACAGUGAUAGUGAUUCUUGCCCUUCCAACAGGUAUGGGAGUCGCAGGAACGGCCGCCGGCGCACGAGAUCUCGUGCCAUAGACCCGGCAGGGGCAGCGUCCUCUUCACAGAGUUCCUCAGACCUGAGUAGCCCCAAUGAAUCUUGUUACAGCUUUGUACGUCGGGCACUACAGGUAGCCACCGACACUAGCAACCAGAAGCUAACAAGCAGCCGGCGUGGGUCUUCAUCCUCUGGCAGAUCGUGGUUUAUGCACGGUGGAAGUUUUUCAGGCCUGAGAGGAGACAGUUGCUCCAUGAGCAUGGAGGUAGGGGGGACGUCAGAGCCUCGACCCUCUCUCAGCGAUGACCCUCGGCCCUCCGUCAGCAACGACGGGUCUCUCGACUCUCAGGAGAACCUAGAUGACGUGCCAAUCGAGCUGCGACACCUGGAACCUGAUGAUCCCUCGUUACUGGAUAUCCCUCCAUCGCCAGCGCCGUUCCUCACUGCUUCCACUAUGGCAGUUAUUGGUGAUCCUGACGCCAAAACGAAGUCUAAAAGCUUGACAGAUCUCGUCCAAGCAUCCCCGUGUUCACCCGGGGGGCCAUCAGAGGCUCUCCCUGUCAGAGAGAAGUCCAUCAGCAGGGAGUCCCUCGACCCGUGGCGAGUGACCGAGGCUAUUGGAAGUGUUUUGCGAUCGAAAUCCAGUUCUUCAUGCUUGUCGCUAUCCAGUCAUGAAAUUUCCAGUAAAGCAAUGCUAGGGCCAACUUUGAAAAGUGUAGAAGAAAAACCCCCCGAGGAAAUUAAAAAGGAAACGAGGAGUGCAGAAGGAAAGAGUGAUGACAGUGAAGUCGACAGUCCGCGUAUUGGUAGGAAGAGACCUACUCUUAAGAAACAAAAAGCUUCGAUUAAUGAGAGUGACAUGAGUGAUGUAGAAACAUCAUCUAUUGUUAUAGAAAUUAGCAAAGCUCCUAAAGCCAGUGAAGUGGAACCUGAUCCUAUACCUGUGGAAGAUGAUAAGGAUCAUUUGAGCAUUCCAAAGGGUCUGGGGAUUAUUAAGCAAAGUUCUCUGAACGAUGAAUUUAUAUGUAUCGAGAGAUUUAUUGAAAAGGAGAGAAUAAAACAGAGUAUUCAGAAACAAAGCUCUUUAAAUGAGGACCUUAUCUAUGGUAAUCGUGAGAAAAAACAGGAAACUCUUCGGGAGUCUCUUUUCUCUGCUCAGUUCAAAAGGCUUCAGAAUAUAAGGGAAAGUUUUCAAAGGUUACGUACAGCUAGCUUAGAUAGAUUUGAGAGAGAAAAAUCUGAUUCGUCGUUGAAAAAUGGCCUUGUUAAACUACUGCAGUCUUGGAAAAGCGAAAUUUUAGUCACAAAGGGUACUAAACCAUCAACUAGUGCAGGAACUGAAGAUGGGGGAGGGUCACAAGGUCAACAAAGUGAUAUUGGGCAGUCAUCCACUGAUAAUGGGAAAGGUCAUGAACUCAGACCAAGAGCUCCUAGUAUUUAUCAAUUGGGGAGAUCUGGGGAGGGAAAUGAAUUGAAUGCUGACAAAGGAAGGACGUGUGGGACAGAGAAAAGAUUCCUAGGCCAGGAAACUGGGGACAGAAAAUCCUCUCGUGAGGAGAGUUCUGACAGUUCAAAGGAAAACAGUUUUCAGAGUGAUACUAGUUUGGACUCUGAAGAUAGUUGUGUGUCUGUGAUAUUUGUUCCAAAACCAGGCCAGUCUGGUGUUAGUGGUGUAGACAAGGAACGAAACAGGUCUGUUUCUUCAGAGUCAUCAGAGGGAUCUGAUAAGCAGCAUUCGCCCAAAUCACCAAAAUCUCCCAAGUCACCUAAGUCUCCAAAGUCACCAAAAUCUCCUGGACCUGGUGGUAGAUAUUUUGCACCUGCACGGUAUUUAGGCACAAAAGGGGCGGUCAAAACCGCUCCAAAGAUGGGCACCCAGGUUCUUACUACAACAACAAAGCCCGACCAGCACCCACAAUCCCAACAACAACAACCUCAACAACAGCAACCACAGCAACAAGCCCAACAACUACCACAACAACAACAGCAGCGUCGCAUUAGUCCCCCCUCGGAUAAAACUCAAGCGACUGCCGAGACAGUACCUAUCACAGAUCAGGCAUCAGAACCAAAGAAUAACAGGGUGGAACUCAAGCCAUCCCACAGUGUUUCAAAUAUUCGAACAGUUGCUUCAACGCCGCCAAAACCCUUGGGAAGUGGGAGUCCCUUAGCUCGUCUACAAGGUCACUGUGGCUCUACACCCCCAGCCACUCCUCCUCCAACAGUGUCUUCAACUUGUGGAUCUUAUUUCUCUCAAACACCUGUAAAAUCUGUGCCUACUGAAACACCUGCCUCUCCAGAUAAACCUUCGAGUGAGACACAGCCAGUGACAAAAGAAUCAUUGGUGACUAAAGAAUCACCAGUGACGAAAGAAACAUCUUCCAGUAAAACUAGUUUUCUAAAGCCACCUAUAAUUGCACAGUCAGUUCAACAACCUUCAUUGCAACCCUCAUCGCAGACGAGCAAAUAUGUACCUAAGUAUGAACCACAGGUGGUAAAGCGAGACACUAGCUUUACUCAGCAGUUGUCAUCACUGUUGCUGGGUGAAAAUAUCGAAAUUAUACGCAAGACUGGCAGCACUGGGACUCGCAACGUGCAAAUCGUUCGUAAAACAGUGCCUCGUUUCCUCACUUUUGAGGUGUUCAAUCCUGAAACAGAUGACUUGGACAGUGAUUCAUCAGCAAGCUCGUCCCCAAACUCUGGCAGCUCUGUCAUUGAACGUGGAUGGCCAACUGAGCGAGAUAUAGAGGAAUUAGAUAGGGAGAUUAAGCGUCGAGAAGAAGAAGAACGUCGACGCGCUGUGCCUUCUACAGGUUCGCCAGCUAUGGAGAGAGUCAUGCAGCCUCCAGCUGAGCUACCUAAAGUAUCUUUAGUUGAAGAUGUUCAUAGGAUGGAUACCAUUAGUGAAGAUGUUGGUGAACAUUCAGGGACUGAGAGCAACGGUUCAAAGUCUGACAGGAGAAGAGAAGCAAGGCCGUUAGUUCCCAAAUCAGCCAUUGUAGCAAAGUCUCAUUCACUGCCUACUAAACCUCCCACAAGAACAUCAUCAGUAACUAGAUCACCUGUUGAGUCAUCUUCACCGGGUACAAUUAAAAGAGACAUGGAUUGUGGAAGACAGAGAUCAGCAAGCAUGUCAACUCCUGGAUCUAGGGAUGUGGAGAGAAAACAUGAAGCAGGGGUAAAAUCGUUUUCCUCUUCUCCCACAUUAUAUGGAGCUACAGUCAGCACAUCUCUUGAACCUGCAGCUGAUACAGUUAUGAAGAGAAGUCCAAAAGCCAGAAGAAAGCUUACUAUUGCUCACCUCGACCAGCCAUUGGCUGCUCAGUCCAGGACAGACCCAAAGGCAGAGCCAAAACUCCCUGCCAGAAGUCCAGAAUCAUAUCAAGAUCGACAAAAUCUGAGGAGUCGAAUUCCAGAUCGACAGCCAAAACCUAAAGCUUUAUCUCCUCUAGGUCUUGACCGUGGAGACAUGAGACCCUGGUCUGAAGUAGCUAUUAAACCUUUAACUGAAACAGUUAACCUUCCUCCAUCCUCCUCCUCUUGGAGAACAAAGUUUUCUCCGGAAGGUAUCUUGAAAGGAAUAACAGAAUUUGAUAAAAUGCCACCUCAGAAAAGAGCACAGGAAGCCAUGAAAAGUUCUCUAGAACUGCCUUUUACUUCUCCAUGCAGAUCUACUCUUUCUCCAAGCAGUAGUGUGUCUUCUACUUCACCUUCAGUGCCCAGAGAUCUUGUCAAAGAAGAUCCUAUGUCUAAGAGCCCACUUUUAAGCUCUCCUACACUGUCGACUAGUAGUGGAGAGUCAAGAUCAAGUGCUAACAUAGCAAUGUCUCUCUUCAGCCGGGACUCCAGAGAAAGCCCCUUUUCUCUGGAGAUGUUCAAGAUGAAUAGAAGUGAGAGCAGCUUACCACUACUAAGUCCAGAAGAAUCACAUUUCAACCAUGGUACAUUUAAAGAGCCAGCAAAGCCUGUUGUUGUUAGAGAGCAGCCAAAGAGAACCCAAAGAUCCAGACAGGAUUCGGAAGACAACCCAAAAGAUGUCAAGCGCAGUGGACAUUCUUCAUGCAAAUCAUCAAUGAAAGACAGUGAGAAAUCUAACAGAGAAGAAGGCACAAGCAAGCACAGGAAGUCUCACGGGAGUUCUCUGAAAGUGAGAAUAGAUGAUUCAAAGCAAAAGGAAAAUACUUCUGGAAAGAAAACGGGUUGUCGAUUAUGCGAGCGAGAGAAUGACAAGCGGCAAAAGAAAAAGAAGCAAGAGCAGCUAGUUGGAGAACUUGCUCUGAAAGAUCAACCAGCAACAUCAACCAAGAAGCGUGGGAAUAACCAGGGAAAAUCAGACGGAUGGCGUAGAGGUGAGCUCCGAUCCCAAGGUUCAUUGGAUUCUGCUCGAGAGAAGGAAUCCUUGGCCUCUAAGCCAACGCCCCCUUUGAUUCGAAGUGGGUCCUUGGACCUGGAGAAGGCUGAGAAGAGUCAGAGGGAAGGGGCUCUCAGUCGUGAUGCUUCUCUAUCCACCUCUCAAGAUUCCCUCCAGAGUGACAUGGGUGGAGCACCGACACUCCACCGCUAUUACCAUGUUUUCCGGGAGGGGGAGCUAGAUCAGCUGAUUGAAAAAUAUGUACAUAACCUACAUAUAAUAUCCUCGUACUAUGAUCACGCUAACUGGUGUGUCAUUGCAGAAAAAGUGCAAGUGUGGACUAUAUGAACACUGUGGAAAUACUUUUGUAUAGAAAGAAUUAUUAUACGAGAAAAGAAGCCUUUUACACUGUGCUAAUAACUUUCACUUUGCAAAGAAAGGAACAGUUAGUCUUGUGUUGGGAAGCUGGAAAAAAAAUUGCAUGGGGUUUUGAUCCAAAAUGAAGCUCUAUGAAGACAAUAUCAACCUUAUAUGAUAAACUGUACAUGUUCAUAAGCCAAAUUGUGUUAAAGGUUGCAUGACAGCUCACGCAGAAGAGCUAGUGAGACACUUAGAUUUUUUUAAUGUGAGUUUCAUAGGUAAUACUUCUUCUUUACUUAGUAGAGUCAGUUAGUCACCUGGACUUCCUUCAGACCUACAGUAAAUAGCUCUUCUGUAACACCAUUGGAGUUGAUGAAUUAUAAACAUAUCUACGGACUAAUGUUAUGAUUUUUAGGUGUUUUAGUCUACUUAAAAAAAAGAUAUUUGCAUUUCUUAUUUAAACAAGUGAACUUGAUUUCAGAGACAUUUGUAAAGGAUUAUAAACAUAUCCUGUAAUGGUGGAAAGUUAAGUACAGUAUAUAGUAUAUACAUAUUUAUAAUAUAUAUAUAUUUAUCAUGUUCCUUGUUUUGUAAGAGUAUAAACGCUAAAUGGAUACAAAGAUUGGGUUUCGAGGCAAACCACCUCGAGAUCUCUAAAAGCUAAGGUGCUAAAGCAUGACUGAUAAAACUAAUUCUUAAUAUUAUUAUUCCCUCAAUGUCUUUUUUUUUAUGAUAAGAAAAGGUUUACAUUAAAUCUUGUAAGGAAAGAGUCACCAAGUCCACUGAAUGCGAGUUGGUACUUUAAGUAGACGAGACUCUAGUGUAAGACUUUAGAGGAACGCGUGUGUCAUUUUUUCUGUGAUGCUGUGUGGCUGAACUGAGUAAGUGGUUUUUCGUUGCUGUGGAUGACUGCGCUCCAAAUGGAUACAACUGAUCCUUCGUGCGACGACGUGUUUGUUCAUGUACAUACACAAUGAUACUGAAGACUUCAACAGAUACACACGCACAGCAGCACCAACAGAACACUUGUAAAAGUCAGACAGACAGCAGGAAGCCUCUCACUAUUGAUGGAUGUGGUAAAUUUCGAAAAAAAAAACCUCUCAAUUGGCGACAAUUUAGACGCCUUAAAUAGGGAAUCUGGCUUGAUCAAAUCCAUUAGCAUCCAAGACCUAAGCAUGUGGAAGAAAACGACGAGAAUUUUGGCUCUUGUUGCAAUCCCUUACCGAUAGUUUAUCUACUUAUGCUUUUGCAUAUACUACUGCAGAAGGAAUCUGAACCGAUUCCGUAUACAGAGAUCACGCUGCUGGCCCCCUUCCAAACAGUACACCAUGAGUGCGUGACUACGACAGGGCUCAGUCGCCAACCAAACUGAAGGGCAAACUGCGAAUUUCUCACUUGAGAAAGUCCCAAUGUCUAGGAAUCGGAUAGUUCUUGAAAGCCCUAUGGAGUCAAUUAGCCAAUGAUUAACAUUAUAUUAAUGAAAGUCUCACACAACAACAAACAGUCUAUUCAUAUAAUAAGUUCUAUGUGCUAACAAUCACUGUGCAUGGCUAGCAGUUAUCUUAACCAUACUCUUCGUAUGCAAGUCGACAGUUGUCCACAUCAUUUCUAACCACGUCCUCAAAUCAUUUGACAAAUCCAUCAAACCGUAGCUCGUAGAGGAAGUCAUAAGAGCUCAACGCACUGUGUUGAAUGAGAGAUAGAUCAAUCUUAUAUUGAUAGAGUAGUAGUCUGCCUAUUAGAUUAAUUUUUUGAUGAAGAGACAAAAAGAAUACUCUUGAAUUUUAUAUAAUAUAAAUAUCUUUUUCCCCCUGUAUAUUGUCGUAUCGAUUUCAAUUUUCGGAAGCAUAAAAAUCCCUCCUUUUUCAAGAAGAGACGAAAAAGCAGCAGCAGGAGUUUUCUUUGCUAUGUCCGCCAGACCUUUUCGAAGACCUGCUUUCUUUCGUUCCUUCCUUCCUUCCUUCCUUUCGGUACCUUCGUUUCCUCCCGUUUCAAGUGUGUAGAGACGCCGAAGUUGAAUUAUAAUAGAGACCGUAUUUCCUCCUUCUGGAAUCUAAAAAAUGAUAUAAAAGGGAAAAAUACUGACGUGCAUUUUUCUCGACUUUGGCUGAAGUUACCGCCAUGUACUAUAUGGUCAUUUUCAAAGCACACACACGAAAUAAAAAUAAAAAAUAAAAAAAAUAAAAGGGAAUUCUUUCCUCCUCUGAUACUGCCACGUUCUGGCUGUGCCUUUCAAUAAAUAUUAAAGGACACACACCUUUACUUUCGACGUGUCGUACGUGCUACUCGAACCAUUUUGACUAAAUCUUCAUCGAGUCAGUUCCCACAAAAUUUCGUCUAUCAGUAGCUGUCAAGAACGUUUUCCCAAUUGUGCCUUCAAAUAAUGAUUUCCUUUCGCUUUUCUUUUGAAUGAAACGACUAUUAUAGUAGAUUCACAUCACCUGCGCAUCUGAUGCCUAGGCCCGUCCCUUACAACGCUCCUGAUUGGCUGUUGAUAAGCCAGUCACAGAGCUGGAAACUCAGUCUCUCGAGAGAGAGUUCACAUAGGCAGGAUGUAUGUUCCGUUUCUCCUGAGGGAUACUUUUGAAAGACGUAUCCCUCAGAAGUGGAACAUAGACCCUACCUAUGUGAACUCUAGAGACUGAGAGUUCCCAGCCCUGCGAUUGACUUAUCAACGGCCAAUCAGGAGCGUCGUAAGGGAUUGGCCUAGGCAUCAAAUGCGCGGGUGAUGUGAAUCUACUAUAGUAUGCUUCAUGGAGCACCUGAAUGAACCGGAGUCUAUCUAAAGUGACAUGACUGACGUCACGCUGGUUUACGAAGGAGGGAUUAGAGCGAAGAAGAAGGAGAAGAAGAAGAAGAGCUGCUUAUUUUCCAAUGCCCGACGACGAUCACACCGCUUUUCCUUCGGUCAUGUCGUUGUUCCUCCUCUUCUUUUGCGUAGUCAUCUUUAGAGAAUAAACACUGAUCAGUAGUUUUAGUUUUUUUAUAAGGUCUUUCGCCGUGUUUGUCCCCCGAAAUGCAUUUUUUGAGAGAACUGUGGGCUGGUUUUCACAGGAUAUGAUGCUAUCAUAAAAUACUACUAGUCAAAUUGUCGUCAAAGCACCAAGUUUCAAAGCGUUCGUUCCCCACAACUAUGUGUCUGUGUCCAUUCAGUAGAAGUUAAGGAUGUCCGACUAUCCGAUAGGAACUUCAUCCGUUCUUUAGGAAAACUUCAAUCCAUUACAUAUAAUAGAUUUUAGAGAGAGAGAGAGAGAGAGAGAGAGAGAGAGAGA